AUGCCUGACGGUCGUUCGCUGCUCGCGAACACCAUGACAGCGACGGUGAGAUGUGCAUCUGGGCGCGGGCAUAGUCGUGGCCGUGGUCGUGGUCGCGGCCGUGGCCAUAGCCGCAGAGGUCUCGAAGUCGGUUUAUGCAGACGUGCCGUCGUCUGCCAUGGCAAUUACCAUGCUGUCCUCGGUCUACAAUGCGCACUGCUACACAAGGGCGUCAAAGCACACACCAAAGCCAGUAUCAUCACAAAGCGACCGGAUGACAUCAAUGGAGUGCCAGAAGAACGCGUUGCUUUUUGCUCAGCCGGACAGGUGAAGGCGCGCAGACGAAUGCGCAGAGCGGUUCCGGAGCGCAUUGGACGCCGCCGCGACGAAGCAGCCAUGCCUGGAACGAAACCCAAGGUGCACCAAGAAUGGCCGCUUGGAAACGACAGAGCAGUAGGCGAUGCUGUUUCAGGUGUGAUUCCAACAAGCGAUUGCAGUAAUGCGACGGUCGCGAUGAUGCGGAACAGUGCUCUCGCGACCGUCUAUGGCGAUGAUGCGUUGAGCCGAGCCAGCCCCAGACCAAACGAAUCGCAGGGAUCCGCGUCACAUGACGUUUCUUACAUCAACUUUUCAGGAUCAUGUAUUGAGACGAGGAAAAUUACCCAAGAUCUGUCAGGUACGUCUCCUUCGCAGAGCCAGUCUUCACCUCUGCCCAGAGAUAUCAAUGUACGGGCCGUUCUAUCCGUCCGUCUUCCGCGGGAACUGACUACCAUCUCUGGACUUUAUCCAGUUGCAUGCGCGUAA